AUGGCUGAGAGUAAAACAAACCUUACUGAUUUGAUGGACAUCGAUUUAGAAGGUGCAAGUGACACUGGCUAUGAGAGAGAUUUUGACGUGGAAAUCAUCGACGGGUUUUACCGUCAAAACCUCACUUUCAUGAAUGAAAAAGUACAGUUAUUCACAGACUAUUGGAUGAAGUUGUACUCAAAUUGUUGUCUACAAAGAGAUUAUGCUGUAGAACUUCUUAAUGACAAGAAACCCGAUGAGGCUAAAGCUGCUCUUCAAGAUUGGCCUGCUAUAUUAGCAUCGCCAAAUGUUCCACAACUAUUAUUUGAAGAAUCUCCAGAAUCAAAGCGAAAGAAACGUUCUGCGGCUUUGAUUGAAUGUGAUGCUGUUCACUUAUCAAGGAAAUGGUGGACAAUUACACCAGAGGCGAGAAAGUUGUUUUUGCUGUUCCAAAUGUACUAG